UCAGGGGUUGACAAAGAGGAGGAAAAUGGCGGCGGGCGAACCGACCCGCUGGCUCCGAUGAAACAGGUUUAGCAGGCAGCCCAUACGCGUAAAACGCAUGAAUCGCACAUUCGCACCACUAUCAUUUAAGGCGCUUUCAAGGAAUACGGACACAAAUGGCACUGCUCUAUGGCUUGUUAUGGCGGCUACUCCUGCUUCUCGUGCACAUCAACAGAGCGCUAGUCGUCUGGCUCCGUGUCCGGCUUCGGGGCUGGAAGAGGCGAGUGUGGGAGCGGGCGAUGGCCGGGCUGCUGCUGCCGGUAGCCCUGGCCGGAUUCCCGGACCACCAGAAGACAACGAAUCAAAACCCCGAUGCUAACACCAGUCCGGGGACGGUAAAGCGCCUCGCGUGUCGCCGCUCGCGGUUGCUCUCUGACGGCAGGUCUCUGGAAAAGCUGCCUGUGCACAUCGGCCUUCUGGUGACCGAAGAAGAGCCCAGCUAUACGGACAUCGCGAACCUGGUGGUGUGGUGUAUGGCUGUGGGCAUUUCUUAUGUCAGCGUCUAUGAUAAUCACGGGAUGUUUCGCAAGAACAACUCCCGUCUGCUGGAGGAGAUCGUAAGGCAGCAGCAGGACUUGCUGGGUGGGGAUGGAUCCAAAUGCAAUGUGGAGUUCCUUAGCAACGGUGCUGACAAACACCACGUGAUUUCCUGCAGGCCCACUGUGAAGGUCUUGUCUCCAGAGGAUGGGAAGCAGAGCAUCGUCCAGGCGGCGCGGCAGCUGUGUCGCUCUGUGGAGAACAAAGAGAAGGGCUCCAAAGACAUCAGCGUCUCAAUGUUGGACGUCCUGCUCAGAGAGUCAAGGAACGUCCCGGACCCUGAACUGGUGGUGAAGUUUGGUCCUGUGGACAGCACGCUGGGCUUCCUCCCCUGGCACAUCAGACUCACUGAGUUCAUGUCCUUGCCCUCCCACAGAAAUGUCUCCUAUGAGGACCUGCUGGGUGUCCUUCAGCAGUUUGACUCUUGUCAGCAGCGGCUUGGUCAGUGAUAUGCCGCCCCCUCCCUCUGUCAGGCGCUUGGAACAGAAAUAUAAGAGGUGUAGGGGUGCACAUAGUCAAGACGAGAGUUUGGCCAGGCGGUGCCUCCCUCAACUCCCCCGCUUUACCUCACUCUGUCCAUCUCUUGGGUCUUUGACAGACUCAAAAGACAAGCUCUAGCAGGGUCUGGUCCCGCUCACUUCUUGCCACCACUCUCGACUCCCAUUCCAGGACUUCGGCAACACACUGACUCGAGCGGACCGGCCUGUUUCCUGUUUUCCAAUUUGCUCACUGUUUGCCAUUCAGUAUCCAGCUGCUGUUGUCUGCCGUGGUUCAGAACAUUUACCCCCGCCCCCUUCACCCGGCCAGACGACAGAGGAAGAAACAAGGCUUUGUUCUCGUCUUUGCACGGGAAAUAUGUUUGGGUCUUGGAGAAAGACGCUCGAUUCCACCAACCACACAAGAGGCGCUGCUUGAGCUUGGGGACGGAGGGGUUAAUGAUGUGUUAAUAUGACAAGUGCGUGUUUGUGUUUGUUGUCCGGGUAGCGUGUUGCUUCAGACACACAGACGUUUGUCGAAGGCCAGUCGGCCUGACCAAACUGCAAUACAGAAAUGCUGCCUUCAGUCCCAUUCUACGCCACUUUACAGUCCCUGACAAAACUUAUCUGAACUGACGGGGUUUACUUAAAUGAGUUGCCACUCAAAACGGGCUCAUGUUUUCAUGAAAAUCAAUAACAACUUUUAUUUUCCACCUCAAGUUGACAUCAAUUUGUCAAACUUAUAUUUGAGCUAUAAGUUAUACGUUCCUCUAGUUCAAACUGCUAGACAACAAAAGGCUGACACAUUUCUACUUCCAUCUUGUUUUUAUUUUUUUAUUUCUCUUGCGAUAGUGCCCCUCCCCCUUGCCUGAUGGAGGGGAGGUGUUCAUGUAUUUUUUUGUGAACGUAAUUAACGCCUAAAAGGUUUUUUUUUCCCCCAAGUUUGCUGCAAACGAUCAACUUGGAUUCAAAGAUGACUGAUUAACUGAUAAUUUGUAGGUCACCGUGGCUUCAGUCUGUCCCAUUCUUGUGUCUAUAAUCAUUUGGAAAGGACCGGCUUCAAAUAUCUAAUUAAAAUUUUCAGCAAUUUGGCACAAUCGUUCACCUGGACCCAAGGUCAACUUAUUAGAAUUUUUCAGCAUAAAGAUCACUAACUUCACUUUUUCAAGCCAUAAUUCAAGGAUGUGCUAAUUGUGACAAUUUCACAUAAAUGUCUAAUGCAUAUUGAAGGGGCUGACCAUUUUGGAAUAGCCUGGAUGUGAAUUUCAACAUGACUGGUUGGCGGAAGCAUACAUCUGCAAGGUGAUUAUUGUAGUUAAUUUGCCCGAAGAAAAUAAAUGAGAAACAUGUUGAUGCUCUACAUAA